GCCAAGUUCCCAAGCAACGCGAAAAUGCUAAAAGUGCGCAGUGGUCUAACAUUAAUUCAGUCGCAAAAAGCGGCUCUCUCGCUCAGCACUCAAAAGCGCUGGCAAACAAAUGUUGCAACUGCUGAGGCGAGAGACGAUCCCGAAUGGCUGCAAGCGAAGCCAUUUGAUCAGAUCCCUCGCACCAAUUCGAUAUCAUUGAUAAUGAAACUAUCCAUGCCAGGGGGAAAGUACAAGAACCUGGAAAUAAUGGACAUGAUGAAGGCCAUGAGGGAGGACUACGGGGACAUAUUCUUUCUGCCGGGGUUGAUGGGCGCACCUCCCUUUUUGAGCACCCACAAUCCCAAGGACUUCGAGGUGAUUUUCCGCAACGAGGGCAUUUGGCCCCACCGUCCGGGUAACGAUACACUACGAUAUCAUCGCGAGGAGUACUGGAAGGACUUCUACGAGGGCGUCAUGGGCAUCAUUCCCUCGCAGGGAAAACCUUGGGGAGACUUUCGAACCGUAGUUAAUCCCGUUCUCAUGCAACCAAAGAACGUCAGAUUGUACUAUAAAAAGAUGUCGCAGGUUAACCAGGAGUUUGUGCAACGCAUUAAAGAACUGAGGGAUCCCAAUACUCUGGAAGUACCCGAUGAUUUCAUAGACACCGUCAACCGCUGGACCCUCGAAUCCGUAUCCGUGGUGGCCCUGGACAAGCAGCUGGGUCUGCUCAAGGAUUCGAACAAGGAGAGCGAGGCGCUUAGGCUUUUCCACUACCUGGAUGAGUUCUUUAUAAUAUCAGCGGAUCUCGAGAUGAAACCCUCGCCCUGGCGUUACAUUAAAACCCCCAAGUUGAAGCGAUUGCUGAAAGCUCUGGAUGGAAUCCAGGAAGUCACGUUGGCCUACGUUGACGAGGCCAUAGAUCGAUUGGACAAGGAGGCCAAGGCGGGUGUGGUGCGUCCGGAGAAUGAACAAAGUGUCCUCGAGAAACUGCUGAAAGUUGACAGGAAAGUUGCCACUGUUAUGGCGAUGGAUAUGUUGAUGGCAGGAGUAGAUACGACCUCAAGCACCUUUGCUGCACUCAUGCUGUGCCUCGCCAAGAAUCCGGAGAAGCAGGCUAAACUCCGGGAGGAGGUGAUGAAGGUCCUGCCCAACAAGGAUUCCGAGUUCACCGAGGCUUCGAUGAAGAACGUUCCCUAUCUGCGAGCCUGCAUCAAGGAAUCCCAGCGCGUUCACCCUCUGAUUGUUGGAAAUGCCCGUGUCCUUGCCAGAGACUCUGUGCUCAGUGGAUACCAAGUGCCAGCUGGAACCUACAUAUCCAUUGUUCCUCUGAAUGCCCUCACCAAAGAUGAGUACUUCCCCCAGGCUUCGGAAUUCCUGCCGGAGCGUUGGCUGCGAAGCCCCAAGGAUUCCGAGUCGAAGUGCCCGGCAAAUGAUCUGAAGACCACAAAUCCAUUCGUUUUCCUGCCCUUCGGAUUUGGACCUCGAAUGUGCGUGGGAAAACGCAUUGUGGAAAUGGAGUUAGAAUUGGGCACCGCUCGACUCAUUAGAAACUUCAACGUGGAGUUCAAUUAUCCAACGGAGAAUGCUUUCCGAUCUGCAUUGAUAAAUCUUCCAAACAUUCCGCUCAAGUUUAAAUUUACCGAUUUGCCAAACUAAUAUUUUGAUGCCUCAAUUUAAUGAGAGAUAAUAGCCAUUUAUAUUUGGCCAGUUUUAAAUUGUUGUGAUACUGUUGUGUUAUUAUAAUGAAUUAAUAUUGAAUGUAUAUAGUUAAUAUUUAAUGCCUUAAAGGAACACCUGACCCCAACUGUCAAUCAAUAAAACGCAUUUGUUUGUCUAUACA